CCUGAGAACCGUCUUUCCAGCUUGGUGCUGGACACCAGGGCUGCUCUCUCUCUCUCCACCCCCGUGGGCUUUGUGGUCUGAAAGUUUCCCGAGUGUGUCAGAAAGAAAGAGACGCAUCAUUAUCGUUGUUAUCUGAGAUGGCAAAUAAGGAAAAUAUGAGCAGUACCUACAGCAGCCUUUCCAAAUACCGCUUCAACAGCCAGGCAGGCCCUCACCGGGUUGUCUAUAAGGAUACCAGCACCCCUUCUAGCACCCCUUCCGGAUCGCUUUUGGUGCAAAGAGCAAUCACCAACAGUGCAAAGCAUGGUCCGAAGGCUUCUUCUACAACCCAGAACCCGGCUAUCCCAGGCAGGGUCCCUGUGGAGUCCAGUUCCAUUGCUUCGCCAGUGCCGGAAGGCCCUGAGGCAACACGAGUCUUCACCAUUGAUGACUUUGAGAUCGGCCGGCCUCUGGGCAAAGGGAAGUUUGGGAACGUCUACCUGGCCCGGUUGAAAGAGUCCAGAUUCAUCGUGGCUCUUAAGGUACUCUUCAAAUCCCACAUGGAGAAGGAGGGCGUGGAGCACCAGUUGCGGCGUGAGAUUGAGAUCCAGUGUCAUCUCAGUCACCCCAAUAUCCUGCGCCUCUACAACUACUUCCACGACCGGAAGCGUGUGUACCUCAUCCUCGAGUACGCCCCUCGUGGGGAACUCUACAAAGAACUGCAGAAGUAUCAGCGUUUUGAUGAGCGGAGGACUGCCACGUUCAUGGAAGAGUUGGCGGAUGCCCUCAUGUACUGUCACAGCAAAAAGGUGAUCCACCGUGACAUCAAGCCAGAGAACUUGCUCAUGGGGCUGAAAGGGGAGCUGAAGAUUGCUGACUUCGGCUGGUCUGUGCACGCCCCCUCGCUCAGGAGAAAGACCAUGUGUGGUACUCUGGACUACUUGCCCCCUGAGAUGGUCGAAGGCAAAGCGCACAAUGAGAAGGUUGACCUCUGGUGCAUCGGGAUCCUGUGCUAUGAGUUCCUGGUGGGGCACCCGCCCUUUGAGAGUGCCUCCCACUCGGAGACGUACCGCCGCAUUGUUUCGGUAGACCUCAAGUUCCCCCCAUUUGUGACGGAAGGUGCCCGGGACUUGAUUACGAAGCUGCUGCGCCACAACCCAUCUGACCGGCUACCGCUGCAGGCUGUGAUGGAGCAUCCUUGGGUGAAAGCCAACUCAAAGCGCGUGCUUCCCCCAGUCUUUAACCCUGUGCCCAUGAACUAGCUCUUCGCAGAGAUCCACGAGGAGAAACUGGGCACAGCUGAGCAAGGGCCCAACUGGAAUUUUCAGCUUAGUUUCAUGCGUUUUAAAUGGGACGAAGCAGGCCGUUUGCCCUGCAGGAUCUUAGUCGCUCCCAGAGGUCCUCGCUGGAAGAGCUGCUUCAGGCCUGUCGUUUAGAUCUGCCUGCCAGGGAUAUGUUGUGCUCGUUCCUUGUAAUAAGCCUCUGGAGGGGUUAUCUUCCUCGAGUGCUUUGGCACCAUUAAUUCCUCUCACUGUACUUGAUGACGUGCUUUUUAAUGUCCAUAUUGAAAACAACAGGGGCGUCUUUUAGGUCUUGAGGCUGCACACCAAGAAAAGCCCUUUAUUCCUUUAAGCAGGAGUUGCUGAAACCGUUUUAAGAUUUUGGUCUUGGUAUAAUAUUUGUGUACAUACAUAUAUUUCCUA